AUGGGAAAAAAGCGCUCAAGAGACGCCGACGGGCAGGGGGAUGUCGAUAUGGCCGACCCCGCGGUCAACAAGCGGGAUGAUGACAGCUCCGACGAUGAGGACAUGGACAUUGUCAACGUAGACUUCGAGCUCUUCAACUACGACUCACAAAUCGACUUCCACGGUGUCAAGACCCUCCUCCGGCAGCUCUUCGACACGGACGCACAACUGUUCGACCUCUCCGCGCUCAGCGACCUCAUCGUCGAGCAGAACACAAUCGGCUCGACCUGCAAAGUCGACGACAAGGCCAACGACGCCUACGCCUUCCUCACCGUGCUCAACCUGCAAGAGCACCGCGCGAAGCAACCGGUCGCGCAGCUCAUCGAGUACCUGACGGAGCGCGCCAAGAGCAACGACAGCCUGGCGGGCGUCGUGCCGGAGCUGCUGGCCUCGGGAAAGCACGUGGGGCUGGUACUAGCGGAGCGGCUGCUCAACAUGCCGGCCGAGGUGAUCCCGCCCAUGUGGACGUGCCUGAUCGACGAGAUCGAGGCGGCCGUGGAGGACAAGGAGCCGUACGAGUUCUCGCACUACCUGGUCGUGUCGCGCACCUACCGCGAGGUGGCGUCCAGCCUGGACCAGAACGAGCGCAAGCAGAAGAAGGCGCGGGAGGAGGCCGAGCUGCAGUUCUUCCACCCGGAGGACGACGAGAUGCGCAAGCACGCCGCCGCGUCCGGGGCGUACGACUUCACCAAGGAGGGCGAGGCCGUUGCGGAUAGCAAGAGGGCGUUCCAGGAAAUGGGAAUCAAGCCGUCUGGGUACAUGAUGUUGAUCGAGGCGAGCAAGUUCCAGGGCGCCGUCCAGGCGAUCGCCGAGUAUAUUGGCACAGCCACAUAG